AUGGAUAAUUUUGAUCGGUACCGGUGCAUUUUCCAGAGAUAUUCACCGGAUAACGAUUCAGAUGUAUCAUCGUCUCCGGUGACAGUUAGAGCGUUUGCAUCAAAAAUAUCACCACCAUUAUCAACAACAACAACAGCAACGUCUGAGACUGAAAUUAUUGAGGUUGUGAAAGAGGGCAAAAAAGCGGAUCUAUCGCAAUUCGAGCUUUUAUCUGUGAUUGGGCAGGUAAAAUUCGCAUUUCUAUGCUAA